CCUCACCAGCCACGAACCACACGUCACUGCUACAUAGUAAGGUUUCUCCAGCACGGAAAACUUGCUCUGAAUUUGGCAUGGAAAAGACAGUAAGAGAUAUUUUGGAGCGUAGUCUUGAGGAUUUGAAAAGCAACGAUUCCAAAAAGUUCAGAAGGAAAUUCUUGGAUGAAGCUCAAGGCACUGCCAUCACUAGGCGCAAAAUUGAGGGCACCAAAGACGACGCUGAUCUUGCUGAUUUGUUGCUUCAAACUUUUGAGAAUGAUGCAGUCGAUAAAACAGAAGGAAUUUUGAGGUUCAUCGGGUGUAACUGCACAGCUUCCAAACUGCGCGAAGAUCAUGCAAAAAUUAAGUCUCAAGGUCCUGUUUCUGGAGAUAUAGCAAUGGCAGCCUCAGACAUGGAUGACGCUUUGGAGCGAGUGUCCAUGGUUCAGCGGGAUCUCAUUAACAGAGGAUCUGAAGGUCUCCUAAGAGAUAUGCUGGACAGUCUUCAGGCGGAGCGUCCAUCUGUGAUUAACCAGUGGGAGGUUAAUGAAGUCCUGCAGAAAAGCAGUGUGCUGCAGGACCAGUGGAGCUCCCUCCUCACCAUGUUACAGAAUAAAGGAGAGAAAGCUUGUGGCAUCAUGCUCCGUGUACUUAAAGAUCAGGAGUACUACCUCUAUGAAGACUUGGGCCUGUAAUCACCAGCACCACUAUUGUGGUAAAAAAUAUUAUUUGUGUUAUUCAUAUAUGUUUUUUACUGCAAAAUGUUUUGUGUAUAACCUCUGUAUACUGAAUAUCUGAUUUUGGCAGUUCAUGGCUUUAAAUCUCUGUCCACGUUGAAAGUCUGUACUACAUGAAAACAUUUGAGAUGUAUUAUGCUUAGUGUGACUGCUUGAUAGCGGAUAAAAUAUGCAUGAAAUUACUAUUUUUAUGUCAUUGCUAUGAUGUAAAUUAUGUAUUUUGGCUAGUGUAAGUGCUUGAUAGCGAAUAAAA